AUGAGGAAUCUUCGACUGUUUAUAAACCGGAAUGCACAAUUUUCUGCAGGACCAAAUUAUCUCUCUAAUAAGUUAAGAGUAAUUGAUUGGCCUGAAUAUCCUUCGUCGGUUUUGCCUCAUAAUUUUCAUGGAAAUAAUCUAGUUGAAUUUGAAAUGCCUAAUAGCCGCAUCAAGGAGUUAGGCGGCCUAAUAUCCAAGAACUUGACAUAUAUGGAUUUAAGGUAUUGUAAAUUCAUAACAAAAAUUCCUGAUCUUUCAAGGAACUCAAAUUUAGAAAGCUUGGAUCUUGGAGAUUGUGAGAACUUAGUUGAGGUUCAUCAUUCCGUUGGAUUCCUUGAAAAGCUUUGUAGAUUUUCUGUUAGUGGAUGCUGCAAGCUUAGGAUUUUGCCGAAAGGAUUCAAGUUGAGAUCUCUACGUUUUUUUGAUUUUAAAUAUUGCUGGUGUCUUGAAGAAUUUCCAGAGAUUGAAUGUGAAAUGGAAUUUUUAGCUAAGUUAGAUUUUCAAGGCACUAGCAUAAAAAAACUACAUUCAUCAAUUGAGAACCUCAAAGGACUUAAAAGGUUAGAUCUGUACGGCUCUAGUCUAAAAGAACUACCUUCAUCAAUUGGCAACCUUACUCGGCUUGAAGAAUUACAUGCAGCAGGUUCCUCCUCAAGCGCGAUUUGGAAAUCGCUACAAGUUUCAAAUUUCUUUCCCGCUUUGGUUGAGUUAGAUAUAAGUGGGAGUGAUAUUGUUAUCUUUCCAGCUCAAGGCGUCAGAUUUGCUAGCUUGCGACAUCUUUUGUUGAACAAUUGCAAGAAACUUGAAGAAAUUUUACCUAUUCCAUUGAGUAUAUCAACUGUUGAAGCUCGCGAAUGCACGUCAUUGAAAAGUUUUGCACUACUAUCUGAUAUACUUAUACUUAUUAAAAACAGUGGAACGAUUUUUUCUAACUUCCUAAGGAUUGACUUGUACAGAUGCCAUAAACUGUGUGCAAAUAUGAGGCCGAUUUCUUCAUGUGAAGAGAGACAUUCUACGGAACAAAAUCGUGUAGACCACUUUGAAGAUAGAUAUAUCGACAUUAUAUUUCCAGGAAAUAGGAUUCCAAGCUGGUUCAGCUAUAGCAAGGAGGCCCAUGAUAGUAAUCUGUGUGAAAUAGAUAUAAAUCAACCGCAUCAUUGGAAUGACAAAGAUGAAAUUGUUUUAUAUGUUGUUCUUGGAUUUAGAGUUGGGAUCACUGACCCAAUAAUGGACAAUGCUGAUAUUACUGUUAAAAUCCAUGAUCGCUCGGAUUGGGAGGACUUAUAUACUCGGGAUGUGACGUUUUCUUGGACGGACUCAGACCAUGUAUGGAUGCUCUGGAUGAGUUACGGUAAAGAAGUGGAUGUUUCAAGGUUUAGAUUUGAGUGUAAGUCAGAGUUCGUGGUCUUUAGACGCGUUGGGAUCCAUUUCCUAAAGAAGCAUGAAGAGAACGUAAGAGAUGAAGAUAUUACAGGUGAUGAAGGAGGUGACUGUUGGCUAGAUUUCAUGGAUGAAAAGAGGCAUUCCUCAAUUUCGUAUUUAGAGAAUGACAAUAAGAAUUCGGAGGAAGAUUUUUAUUGCGGUGCAAUCUUCAAUUUUCUUCGCUGCGGUGCAAUCUUCAAUUUUCUUCGAUGUUUGUUGCCUUCUUGA